AAAAAAAGGGUUUCAGACUUUCAGCUCCCGCCCGACUUGAGAAGAUCGAGAGAAAGAGAAGAGUGAGUGAUUGAUUCGAGAAAGAUGAGUAUGAGGAAGAAGAUACAGAAGAAAUUUCGAAUCAGAGGUUACUACCUCAAGAUGGACGCUCUCAACAGCAUUCUCAGCUUCGCCGACCAAUUCCCAGGCGACGAAGAAGGAGAAGCCAUCGAUCUUCUUCUCGACCACCUCCAGAUGGAAAAUCUUACUUCUCGCGCAGUCGAUGCGAAAUCAGUUGAGGGAGUGAUUAAUCUCUUGUUAGGAGCCGCGGAGGAACCUACCUCCAAUGCUUCUUCGUUGUCUGUCAUCGACGCCUUUCUCGUCCCAAAGUAUCGAUACGAUUCUGUUACGAGGCAGUUCAUCGAGCAUACCACUUGUCUUCCUGUUCACGGUGAGGCUUUCUCGAAAACAGAACUAUACAGGGAACGAUUCAUGUUGCUGUUGCAGAGAGUUUCUCGUUCAGAGUUUUUUUCUAGGCCAGUUUUUGAUCCCGACAAGUCUCAGUUUGACAACUGCGAGAUAUCUCCAAUCCAGUCUCUAGUUUUUCAAAUGGGAAAGAGAUGGGUGAUGGGUGUGAUAUCACAGUUGGAAGAUGGACAUUUCUACUUGGAAGACCUUUCUGCUUCUGUUGAGAUUGAUUUGACCAAAGCAAAGAUAACCCCUGGGUUUUUCACUGAGAAUACUAUAAUUUUGGCAGAAGGUGAAAUGAUGCAUGAUGGUAUCUUUCAGGUUAUUGCGUGCGGAUUUCCUCCUUUAGAGGGCAGCAGGGAUAAAACACGAAUAAAGACACAUACUGGGUUUGGUAAUGACAUGCUAACUACGGUUAGACUUGGAGACACCAAAAAAAUACAACAACCAGUGAAUGAAACAUUUGUCAUAUUGUCUGACAUAUGGCUGGAUGACGAAGAUGUUCUCAGGAAGCUGGACAAGGUUCUUGAUGAUUUUGAAAGUGUGGAGGAGAUUGUGCCUUCCUUGUUUGUUUUCAUGGGAAACUUUUUUUCUACCUCAUCCAACUUAUCCUUCGCUUCUUCUUCAAGCCUUAGGAAGCAGUUUGGUAAAUUCGGGAGACUGAUUGGGAACCAUCCACGGCUAAAAGAAAGUAGUCGUUUUUUAUUCAUUCCAGGUCCUCAUGAUGCAGGUCCCUCUACAGCCUUGCCAAGAUGCGGUUUACCAAACUAUUUAACCCAAGAGCUUCGACAUGUUAUUCCCAAUGCGAUAUUUCCAAGCAAUCCGUGCAGAGUAAAGUUGUGCAACCAGGAGAUUGUCUUCUUCCGGAAAGACCUUCUGUACCAGAUGCGCCGUUCAUGCUUAAUAACCCCUUCUUCUGCUGAUGACCCAUUUCUGCACCUUGCCCACACAAUAACUCACCAGAGCCACUUAUGUCCUCUACCUCUCAUGGUGCAACCUAUCAUUUGGAACUAUGAUCACUCUCUUCGACUAUACCCAUCUCCGGAUACGAUAGUAUUAGGUGACUUGAGCAAGCAAAAGGUUGUCGAAGUUGGGGGAACAACGUGUUUCAAUCCAGGCUCCUUUUCAAUUGAUAGCACCUUCGUAGCUUAUCGACCUUCCACUCAAGAAGUCAAACUCUCUAAGCUUUAAAAGAUGAUGAUCAAGGAAGACUGAAACCAAAAACAUACUUCCUUGUACCCUCUUAUAUGCCACUGUUGUAUUAUUUUAACCAAAUUGGUCAUAAUUUAUUGAUAGAUUAA